UCGGCAGCCCUCGCCAACCCCUUCGAAUGCUUCGGUAUCGAGUGGUAUUAGGAGACUUGGGUCGUUGCAACCUGAACUUCCACCUCCUGGAAGACUAGCAUCAGUCAGAACAGUUCCUACAGGCCACUAUUUUUUACCAACUUCUUCAAGAGUAACACUUCGUGGAACUCAACGAAUGACGUUUGUGCCGUCGGUGCCUGAAGCUCAUAGGCGACCACAACCUACGUUGGCCUCUGAUUCUAUUUCGCCUGAUUUUUUCGAUAAUGAUGAUUUUUCUGGGAAUGACUUUUAUCAAAUGAGUCAUGGAUAUAAUCCAAUGCAACGCGGAGGGAUACGUGGUCGAAGCCGUUAUGUUCCAGAUUUAGUAGCAUCGGGACCAUUCGCUUAUGGUUCAAAUUCUACUCUUGCAUCAUUAGGAACAAAUGGGGUCAAUAUUUUUAACUCGUCUAUUAUUGAAGAAAGGAAAAAUAGAGUAGAGUUCGCGGCAGAUUUUGAAACGUUUCGGGAUGAUCCGUGGGCCCCAGAUAUGCUUACUGUGGAUAUUGAAAAGGAAGACAAUGUAGCUGGAUAUUUAGAAGAAAAAGAUAGAAACCGACGUCGAAGAACUUUCUUUUCUUUUUACCACCCAUUAGUGGAUAACGAAAAUUUCAUGAAUAAAAACUGCUACGAUAAUCAAAGCUCGAAAGAAAAGUCGGAUCAAUAUAUUGAUUUUGAAAGUAUCGACGACCAAUUAUUAUGCUUUCAAUUACCUACAAUACUACCAAAAUUCGAAGCACCUAAGAAGUCGUCGCCAGCAACUACGAAGGAUAGUAUCACAGAAAAAAACCAGAACAAGAUCGAUAAGAAUAAAUUGACUGCAAUCAUAGGAAAUUCAAGAGGCAAGGAUACUGAUUCUAAUAUGGACAAUGAUAAAAAUGAAAAUGUGCCAGAAGGGCAAAUAGGGAGACUUGUAAUCCGCAAGUCCGGUAAAAUGCAAUUGUUACUUGGUAAUUUUAUAUUUGAUGUCAAUCAAGGUGUAGAUCGAUCGUUCUUGGAGAAUGGUUUCGUU